CUUUUAAUAACCAAGGCUGUUUUGUUUGUGGUUCCUUUGAGCACAGGGCUAAAGACUGUUCACAAAAGAAAAAUGACCGGAACUGCGACAAGAACAAGUCCAGUUCCAACCGGAGGUUCAGCGAAGACAAAGGGUUCAAGAGAGAUCUCAAAAAGGCCAUGAUGGCAGCAUGGGGAGAUUCUUCUGAUGAUGAAGAAGAGGAAAAUGAUAAGAACACCAAUCAUGCGGGUCUAUGUCUUAUGGCACUCUCCGACGAAGAAUCCGACCAAGAAAGCUUUGAGAGUGCACUGAUUUUAAAAAUAGACCGGAAUAUCAAUCCUAUAGUGCAACGAACAAAACCAGGUCUAGACAUCAUUCUGGAACUGGUCCUUCUCAGCACAAUAAGAAAGUAAACGAGACUGCAG